AUGUUCUUUGAUGCAUGGCUCCGCCCUCGCCCCGACCUCGCUUCUGUGGAUAUACGCCGCUACGCAGAAGGGUUGGAGGCCGCUCUGAAACUCAUGACGGCAUCUGCGUUUAACUGCACGUUCGCCCUCAUGGUGACAAUUUGUGUUCUCACUUUUGUCGCAUCACAGGUAACGGGCAACUUCUCAUGGAUGGAUCGUAUUUGGCCGGGCGCCCCCAUCAUCUUUGCAUGGACGAUCGUUUACUAUACGAUGGGAGGUGGCAAUCCGCACGGCAUAAAGGGGCCGUACGUUAAUGUCGCGACGGUAUACGCGUCGUUCAUCACGCUAUGGGGCGUGCGCUUGGCGUACAAUUUCUAUCGCCGCGGCGGCUACUGCUGUGGUGGGGAAGACUAUCGAUGGGAUUACGUGCGUACGUGGCGGGUCCUCCGGAAUCGUGUCGUCCGGGCGCUCUUCAACCUCUUCUUGGUUUCGAUUUUCCAGAGCUCGCUGCUGUGGGCCAUCACGCUGCCGAUGCUAAGCUUCCCGGCGGAUGCUUUAACGCGGAGGGACGGCAUUUCCGUUGGCUUUCUCCUGUUCUUGUUGUUCUUUGAAGUGGUGUGUGAUCAGCAACAGUGGAACUUUCAAAACGCUAAGCGGCGCCGCGGCGGUAAAAUGGGCAACCAACGCUCACCUCCUUUGUGUGGGUUCUGCGUGACGGGUGUCUUUGGCUACAGCCGGCACUUAAAUCUAUUUUGUGAAGCGUUGAUCUGGGUUACACUGGCGGUGGCGGCGCACAGUCGACAGGGGUCGCCAGCGCCAUGGCAGUGGUGGCAGGGCGUUGGGUGUCUGAUGCUGGUUCUGCUCAUCUAUCUCUCCGCACGCUUCAUCACGGAGCGGCUUUCUCUCAAGAAGUACCCACAGUACGCGGUGUACCAACACACGACACCGAUGCUCGUUCCCGCGCUACGAUCUACUACUGCGCGGACACUUUAUUUGAUUCAAAAGACGUCGUCGCAAGGUGCCAAAUCCAAUAGAAAACAGCAGUGAUAUACAUGCAGCCUGCCCCCACCCCCUCUCUCUCUCUUUUCCCCUCCCUCUUCUUAUCUUGAUCAUUCCCUUUGUUCCGUGUGUACAUGGUGAGUA